GAGAUGGCAACACCUGAGGAGGGUCUAACAUUUACUCACGGAGACAAUGUGGAUGAAUCCAUUAUACCAAAGGUGGGAAUGUUCUUUCCAGCAGAGGAGGAUGCGUAUGAGUUCUACAAACGGUAUGCAAAGGAGGCUGGAUUUGGAAUAAGGUGGGACAGGACUAAGAAAACAAUUAGGGAAAUAUCAUGCUCAUUGGCAGGGAAGUGGCAGUACUUCAAGCCAGGGGAAACAAGGAAGCGGAACAAGUUCUCUAAAAAAACAGGGUGCAAAGCAUACAUGAAGCUGAAGGAAGUGGAGAAUGAGGACAGAGAGUAUGAUGGCAAGGUGAUGGUGGAGAAUAUUAGGCUGUUACACAACCAUCCGUUAGCGAAAACACCAACAGUAACAAACCAGAUGGAGUGUCACAAGCAUAAGGAUGAGACGGUGAUGGAGCUUGUGGACGAACUAAAUACAAGCAAUGUGCCAAUCAACUGUACGAGAAAUAUGCUGAGCGAGAUGCAUGGGGGAGAGCAGAACGUCCCACUAACAGCACGUGACAUAGGAAACAGGUAAUAAAAUAUUUUAAUGUGA